GUAUGCAAGUUUGUGUGCAUGUUUUUGUACUCUAUUCUGUGUUCUUGUCGCUAUGUCGGGUAGCAUGAGUUGGUGCGACUCCAGUAUCCCCAACUUGGUUUGCACAUGGUCUUGUAGCUACUAUGACUUCUCGUACUACACAGCAACUUCUGUAAACUGUUCCGAUUCAUUGUAGGACAGAUGGACUGACAAACGGACAGACAGACUGACGAAUGGACAGGCAAUCAGACAGAAGGACAGACGGACAGACAGACAGACAGAUGGAUGAAUAGAGGCAACAGUUUGUGUAUGUCAGUUGUUAUGAUGUGUUUUGUGUUAUUAGAUGUUAGUGGUGCUGCUCAUAUGAUUGGGGACAUUGUGACGGGUGUGAAGCCUGCAUUGGCUGAAGGGAGGCCAAUGGAACCGAUGGCUGACGACAGAGAUGGUGCAGGAAGAUAUCAGUUUUUGUCUGAGGUGCUUUGUUGGCGAGCACAAAUGACUCCAGAUCAUGUAUUGAGCUUGUUGUUGCUUUCUAUGGCUGCCUUCUUGUUGGUCUCGUUCCCGUUCCCGUGCGACCUCUAUCUCCAUUGAACAUCGCAACAACAUUACCAGCAGUCAAAAUGAUCGUCAAAGUCAGCAAGUCAGUUGCCAUUCUAACAAUUCAACGUAUCACCAAACUGCUGAGGACAAAAGAGGCUACCAGCACACUCGACGUGAAGUCUCUCCCACCUAUUCUUGAGACGGAGGAUCCACAGAAGAGGAAGCUUGACAAGUUUUAUUGUGCACCAACACCAGAGAUGAUUGCAUACUUGGAUUUCAGUGUUUCAACCACCGGUGUGCUCUCAGAAGUCAAAAUGUCUCAUCCAGCUUGUGACCUAUCACGGCGACUCAGACGAGGAGGACGUGAACUCAAAGACAAAAAUCAGUGACGACAGCGAACCGGACAAUUCCGAAGUCGCAUCAGCCAGCGAGAGUCUGAUUCUCUUGUCCGGAGGUCUCGUGCAGUUCCAUCACAGUUCGAGUGCUUCGACGUCAUUGCUGAGGAAUGUGCUCAUAAGGACCCGGAUACAGGCGGCUCCCAUUGUGUCAUUGGUCUCUUAGUUUCGGGAGGGCAAUGACCCAAGCAGUGAGAGUGAAGAUGAAAUGGCGGAAAAAUGUCCAACGACCAUCCCACAAGUCACAUUCUCUAUCCAGUUCAAGAUGACAUCGAAGGACGCUUGCAGAAGGAGCAGUACGACAAGAAAGAGAAAGGGAAGGCGAAAAGAAUGCAAGAGAUUUUGUGAUCGGAUUGGCAUUGAAACGGCCGGUGAUUGCUCGGGCUGUCGAGCUCGUUUGUCUGUGUGGUUUUGCUACGUGGAAGUUUUUACCAACGUGAUGCAUCUACAUCUUGUUAGGAAAAGAAACAUCACUAUUGUUGUGUUGCAAAUAAAGUCAAUUUGGAAUAGCAGCACCUACUAAACAAACACGGGCAUUAUGAACUUCUGGACCCAAAGCGAGAGCCAACAACAACAAGUUGACAUUACUGGACAGCUACGUAGUAUACAGUAAUUUCCAGCUGAGAUUUUCUAUAGAUAAAUCAUACUAGGAGGCACCUAUACUUAUGAAAUUAACAUCAAUGGAAAGCCCA